AUACACUGGUCUCAUCUCACUCUGUUUCUUUGACUCGUUUCGUCCAUUUUACACAAAUAAGUAUUCAACUAUUAACUUUAAUUAUGGACGCUAAUUUCUCAGCAGUGCGGUGGUGUCACGUUUUUUAGCCGCUUCCGUCGUUUAGUUUCUAACAUCGUACUUGGUCACCACUAUUGUUUUUACAGCGGUCACAUUUUAAACGGGAAUCCACACAAAUUAUAAAACCACUGUAAACGCGCUUGUUUAAAUUGUGGUAAAAUACGGUGUUUGUGGGUGUGGGAUAUGACGCCUCUGACGCCCCUCUCUGAGGCUGAUUUCGAGGAGAUGCUCAAGAUGGGGAGUGAAUGCUCCGAGGCGCCCCCGAUGCCGGAUUAUCCACGGAAGACCCGCAAGGGUCCGGUGGCAAAGAUCAGGAUGACAACUAAAACUAAAUUAAAGGGAGAUCUGCUGUGCGCUGAGGAUCAGGGGUUGAGGAGUAGGAUAGAUCCUGCCAAGUAUCUCGGUUCCAACGUCAGUAUCACUGAUUCCCUGACUUCCUCGCUCCGACUUAACUCCUCCAACAAACCAAGUGAUGCUCUCUUGCAGGAGCUCACUGUCUCUCAGAAUCAGUUCCCGUCUAGUCCUGAACAGGUGAAUUCUCCAAGACAGGCUAAGAACAGAGCGUUAGGAACGCGACGCAGCGCAACCGCUCCCCUUAUUUCAGCAAAUGGCAGAAGAGUAGUAUUGUCACGAGACUCUAGCAGCAGACCUAACAGUACAGGAUCCGGCUUACUUCCUACCAUAUCCUCUCAAUCUAAGAAGAAGUUACACAGUUACGAGAUAAACGGAGAGUUUGACGCAGACGCUACUAUUGUAGACGCAGAUGCUGUUUUAGAUCAAGGUUCAGAACUAGUGUUAAAAGACCUGGAUCAGAGCUACACAAGUUACCCUCGUCCAGUUACACCGCCUGUACCUAGCGCAGAUGUCUUAUCUAGGAGACAACUCAAACUCAUAGGGACCAACACAGACACUACAAGUACUAUAAGUAAUAACACUGCAAGCGUGGACAAAGUGCUAUCUCAACUUAUCAUAUCAGAAGAGGCACCCCCUGGAUCUGGGGAACAGAAAAUAACCCCCUCCGACCUAUUCGACAUGGUCGGUACUGUGGGGGAACGAAUGCUUGUGAACCGAGCAAGACUGCUCCUCCUGCAACAUUGUUCUGAUUACGCUAAUGAUGGUAACAACAUGCUGAACCACCCCAAACCACCCACUGCGCCGUGUGGAAUGGCCAGACCUUCGCCUUUACCUUCUAUGCUUACUAUCGAUAGCAGGACGACAGUUACUGAGCGAGCGACCACUGCACCGCCUAUAAGAACUUCUGGUCGGAAACAGAUAAUCAGAUCAUCAAAACUGAGGAGCUCAUCUGGCUGUGCAACAUGGUCCGUACCCUGCAAAAGUGAGAGCAGGUCCAGGGGUGCUAAACUCAGAGAACCCUUCACUGUACAGUCUAUCAGUCUUGCAAAUCACAGAGCAGAGUACCCUGCCCCGCCUCCAACGGAGUCCUCUGGAAGCACACUCAUCAGUCAGAGAAGUGCUAGCUUAAAGUCGGAGCCUGAGCUUCCUUUCGCUGAACUCCAAACAACACCAUACUUUGAGAGAUGUGCUAAUUACAGGGAUCCACUGAAGGAUGCUCGGGGCUACACUCCCCUGGCUGAGGAAGGGUCCCUCUCAGAAACACCUCUCCUUCAACCGACCUUCUCCUCCCUCUCCUCCUUCCUCCCAUCUACUCCCGACCUUGUCAAGUGAUCUUGGAAACGCUACACUGGACACCAGUUUUAGGAGAUUUUGAGAUAUCCCGCUCAGUUUGUUCCGUACUAUGAUGGCUGACUCGAGAAUUGUGCACUGAUGCACUAAAUGGUGCUUAAAGUUAACCCAUUAGUACAAAGGAAAGUUGUCAGUGGACUAAUUUGGAAUACUUACUAGCCGAUUGUUUGAUACCGGUAUUACCUGUUUUAAGGAACAGUCAUGCGGGUCAGUUCAAGGCAAACAAAUAGAGUUUAAGUACGGAGUGUUUCCUUACGGAGUGCGGGAGUGUUUUCUAUCCCAAAAAGGAGAUUCGGGAGAUUCAGAUUAUGCCUAGCUUUUAAGUCCCUCUGAAAUGGUUUCAACAAUUCGAGAAGAGUUUCUGUAGAAGUAAUUUCAUUUAUAUUUCUUAUAUUUUCCUGUAAUUUACAUGAUCUCGUGUGAAAUGCAAGGAUGGGAUUUCGUAUCCAAUAAUUAACUUUUAAAUAA